UGUUUGUUUUGUAGCCAUGAAAAACCCACUAGUUUUGGCCAUGUUUGUGUGUGCAAAGUGAUACAAAAAAGUCAAUUCUGACAUUCGUUGGUCCCCGCUGAAGUCUCCAGAUGAUUGUAAUUGCCUGAGCCGAAUCUGCACCGUGCUCUGCUGUGCGAUCUGCGGCAGUGGCGGAGGGAGCUGGAUACCCACCGUGUUGCCUUCAGUCUUGUGAAGCUUAAAAAUAAAAGGACUAGGGGGAGUGAGAGAGAGAGAGAGAGAGCGAGCAAAAAAGAUGUCUUGGAAUAGAGACGGUCUGGAUUGUAUGUCGGAGCCGGAGAAAAGUCAACUGAAAAGGACCUUGGAGUUGGGAGCCGUUAUGACAGUGUUUAGCCUGAAAAAGUCACAGCCGGAGAGGAGAACCCUGCAGGUGAUCAUGGAAACCCAGCAACUGUCCUGGAACAGGACCGCAGACAAGAUCGAGGGUGUCCUUGAUCUACAUGAGAUCAAAGAGAUCCGCCUUGGCAAAAACUCGAAGGACUUUGAGCAGAUUUCAAAAGACCAGAAAGACAAAUAUAGCGAUGAUGCCUGCUUCACAGUGUUUUACGGUACUGAGUUUGUGCUCAACAACCUUAGUUUGGCAGCUAAUUCAAAAGAGGAAGCUUCCAAAUGGUUAAAGGGACUGGAAAUUCUGCAUAAAGAGGUUCAAGCUGCACCGACCCCAUUACGAAUAGAAAGCUGGCUGAGAAAACAGUUUUAUUCAGUAGACUGGACAAGAAGAAAUAGCAUCUCCCUCAAGGAGCUGAAGGUCGUGCUACCUCAAGUAAACUUCAAAGUGCCAAGUGUGAAGUUCCUUAAGGACAAGAUGGGGGACACAGGAAAUUCCAAGGACGACUUGAGUUUUGAACAUUUUCACCAAUUCUACAAGAACCUAAUGUUUGAAAACCAGAAAGUGAUUCUUGAGACCUUUAAAGUCGAGGGAUCUGUAUUUAUUCUUGGAAGAACAGAUAGGCCCACUGCCUCAGUUUUGUACCUGCAUGAUUUCCAGCGGUUUCUACUCCAUGAACAGAAGGAAUCAUGGGCCAGUGAUGUUAAGAAGGUUCGCGAGCUGAUGACUAGGUCUAUUUAUGAUACUUACAGAGAAACAAAUGAACCUUUCUUCUAUAUAGAUGAGUUUUUGACAUAUUUGUUUUCAAGAGAAAACACGAUCUGGGAUACCAAGUAUGAUUCCAUUUGUCCCCAGGAUAUGAACAACCCAUUAUCACAUUACUGGAUCUCAUCAUCUCAUAACACGUACCUCACGGGAGAUCAGGUUCGUAGUGAUUCAUCUACAGAAGCAUAUGCCAGAUGCCUGAGGAUGGGGUGUCGAUGUAUUGAGUUGGAUUGCUGGGAUGGGCCAGACGGAAAGCCAAUUAUUUAUCACGGCUGGACGCUUACAUCUAAAAUCAAGUUUGAUGAUGUUGUUGACGCCAUCAAAAUUCAUGCCUUUGUUUCAUCAGAGUACCCAGUCAUACUUUCAAUUGAAGAACACUGUACCGUUGAGCAGCAACGACAUAUGGCCUGCAAGUUCAAGGAAACCUUUGGGUCUAUGCUUAUCACCAAACCAAUUGAAGCAAAUGCAGAGCAGUUGCCAUCGCCGGCACAGCUUACAAAUAAAAUAAUUAUUAAGCACAAAAAAUUGGAAUCUCAGCAAGAGGAUAGUACUUCUACUGUUUACACCUCCUGCAAAGAGCUUGAAAAGAAGUCUGGAUUUCUUUACCUGCUGGAUCCAAUUGACCUGACCUGGUACAAGCACUACUGUGUGAUAGCAGAUGGAAAGCUUUAUUUUGCAGAUUCAACUGAUGAUGAUAAUGAAUUUGCUACAAUAACAAACCAGAAAAUGAAUAGUACAGAUCGUCACUUUAACGAGAAAUGGUUUCACGGGAAGAUGGGCAAAGAUGGCAGGCAGAGGGCGGAGAAGCUGCUCCAGGAGUUUUGUAUGGAAACGGGGGGACGAGAUGGAACUUUCUUGGUCCGUGAGAGCGACACAUUCCCUGGAGACUUCACAUUGUCAUUUUGGAGAAACGGAAGAGUCCAGCAUUGUCGUAUACGUUCUUGCACAGUUGGAGAGAGCACUAAAUAUUUCCUGACUGAUAAUUUAACUUUCAACAAUGUCUAUGACCUAGUUCAACACUAUCAGAGUGCGCCUUUACGAUGCAGUGAAUUUGAGUUACGUUUAACCGAAGCAGUACCUAGCCCAAAUCCUCAUGAAUCGCAAGAGUGGUACUACAAAAAUCUAAGUCGAGGAGAAGCUGAGGACAUGCUUAUGAGGAUACCUAGAGAUGGCGCCUUUUUGGUUCGAAAGCGUGACGACUCCAAUUCAUAUGCCAUUACCUUCCGGGCUGAAAGUAAGGUUAAACAUUGCCGCAUUAACUAUGAAGAAGGAAAGUACAUAUUGGGGACCUCGGCAGAGUUUGACAGCUUGGUGGAGCUGAUCAGUUAUCAUAGAAAACACCCAUUAUAUAGAAAAAUGAAACUACGCUACCCAGUGACGGAAAAGAUGCUUGAGCGUUACAGCGCGGAAAAAGACUAUGGCAGUCUCUAUGGUAUAAAUUAUGUGGACCCGAAUGAACUGGCACCCGCUCAGGGUUCAGUAAAAGCUUUGUACCACUACCUGAGUCCACAACCAGAUGAAUUGAAUUUUCCCAGAGGUGCCAUCAUCCAUAAUGUCAAAAAACAUGAUCAAGGAUGGUGGAAGGGGGAUUAUGGAGACCAAAUACAGAAGUUUUUUCCAGCCAACUACGUGGAAGAAAUAGAUACUGAAAUCCAGGAAGACUUUAGCAGCCAGAUAACGGACGAUAACCCCCUAGGAGUAAUAUGCAGAGGAAUUGUGGAGCUUGCCAAGUGUUCUGUUGUUAAACAAACAAAUGGGAUGUACGGGAUGGCAUUUGUGUUUACUAUUCAACCUAAAGUACCCCCGGAUGCACCGCCCCUUGAUGUUGCUACUGAAUCGCUGGAAGAUUUGUUUUCCUGGUACCAUGAAGUCGUACAAUGUUCUCAGAAAACAUAUGUACAGGAGGAGAAUCGAAAUGAGAUGGAGAAGAAACAGCAGAUUGCCAAAGAGUUAUCUGAUUUAGUUGUAUAUUGCAGACCAGCAAAGUCUCGAGAAUUUUUGCUGAAUGCUAAGGACAACAUUGAUUACAAAGAAAUGAGAUCAUUUGCCGAGAACAAGGCAGAUGCCAUCCUCAAACAAAAGUCAAAAGAGUUUCGAGAAUACAACCGCAAGCAACUCUCCAGAAUUUAUCCCAAAGGUCAACGCAUCGAUUCUUCCAACUACGACCCAAUUGUGCUCUGGCAACAUGGGUCUCAAAUGGCAGCUCUAAAUUUCCAAACCCCAGAUAAACCAAUGCAGUUGAAUCAGUCUUUGUUUUCUAUGAAUGGAAGGACCGGUUUUAUACUGCAACCUGAGUCUCUGAGGAGUGACAAUUCAAUUCAGCACCGACCAUAUUCUGUGAAAAUAAAACUUCUUGGUGCCCGCCAUCUACCCAAACCUGGCAGGAGUAUAGUUUGCCCGUUUGUAGAAGUAGAACUCUGUGGAGCCGAGAACGACAACAAGAAGUUCAAAACAGUAGUGAUAAACGAUAAUGGCCUUAACCCAGUUUGGUCAGGAGGAGCAGAAGAUGUUAGUGAGGAAUUUGUCAUUCAAGAUCCCUCUCUAGCUUUUCUCCGAUUUGUCGUGUAUGAAGAGGACAUGUUCAGUGAUCCUAACUUUUUAGCUCACGCCACUUUUCCCAUCAAAGGAAUUAAAACUGGAUACCGAUCUGUUCCUCUUAAAAAUGGUUACAAUGAAGAUAUAGAAUUAGCAGCUCUUCUUAUCCAGUGUGAAGUGAACCAAUUAGGGGAAGGUGAAGAAGAACUUUACUCUUCGCGUCAGCAGUUACGGCAGCGGCCGGUUGAAGGGUUAUACGAUACUGCGCCAAUUAGACAACGGACUUUAGAUGGGCUAUACAGCAGCAGUGCACCCCGUCAGCGACAAUUUGACCCAGUGCUAUAUGAUUCUUACACAAUGCAAGCCGGAAGGAGCGGAGGCCAGAGGGAUCAGCUGCCAGAAGUUCCAAAGAGGAGAGGUAAAGACAGGGAAAAGAAACUUGCUAACAGCAGCAAAUUUUAUACAUGAAAGAAGACUGCCUUUGCCACCCAUCCAUGAUGUCAACAUGAAUGUCGAUGUAUAUUAAAAAAGAUAGUUAAGGGAUCGGCAAAUUUUGAAAUCAGUUGUUAAUAACAGACCAAUAUAGUCAGUAAAUUUAUUGCACUAUACCUAGUUAUUAUUUCUGUCAGGUAAGUGGGAUCAUGAAAAAUACAGUAAAACAUUGACUAUCUUCCCACUUCCAUAAGGCUGUUCUUUUUCCCUCCUGAUUUAAUGGCCUAUUGACACCAAUGCCUUUCAGAGAAACCCAUCCUCCAACAGUCAAUUAAAACGUAUCACAUGAAGAAGCUCAUGGGAUUCAGUGUAACUAUAGAAUCAAAUGGAGUGCAGUUCUAUCCCCUUAUGAAAUGGCCUUUGUUCCUUCAGAUCAAUGUUGUUCUUUUGUGAAGCUGAGUUCAUUUAUCAAAUUUGAACUCCAGAAACAAUAAGAAAGAAGACAGGACUCAAGACAUCAAAGUUAUUGCUGAUUACGCAUGAGGUUUAACUAUUAAAGCAAAGCUAAAUAAACUGUUUACUGAAUAGAUGUCAAGAAUGUAGAUUAACUUCAUAGAUGGUGCAUCAUGUAGCAGGUUCACACAAAAUUGAAUAUGCUUUACAUUUAUUGUCGUUACCUUUUGCUAAUUCAAAACUGGUAGGGGAGGAGGGAUAUGACAUGAGUUUAGAUGUUGGUUGAUGAUGAAAGCUUUAAUAAUUGAUGCCAUCGUAUGAUGCAGAGAAAGAUGGACCCUUGGUGCCUUGUUUUACAUGUUACAAGCUUUCUGAAGGAAAAAAGAAUAUACAGCACAAAGCCAGAGAGAUGGCAAUUCAGCAACUGCUAAAAUCAAGCUUUUAUUCACUAAAAUGUUACGUAAGCUUAAAACUAGGUACAGUUCAAAGGGAAAGAUGGGCAGAAUUACUUUGGUCACAGUUAGUACAGUAAGAUUGCAGCACAUCUCCACAAAACUGCAAUGUACUAAAAACUCAGCUCAUGAUUUCAUCAUUGUAGGAAACAGACAGCAGUCUUGUAAGAUACAAUUUAUCUUCACGAUCAUGUGUAACAUCUCAGUUAUUGCCAAUUAGUGCAUUAUAAGUCAUAGCGAUUCAUUCUUUAGUAAACUGAUAGCAUCAUAGGAUUGAGGUGGAAAUUCAAAUAACCAUACACCAGCCAGACUAAAAGGUUCAAUGUUUCGGGUAAAUAGACUCCAGAAAGCCAGCUGCCUUUUUGUAUUUACAAGCCUCCAUGUACAUAUUAGUUUAUGGCUCCACGCUGAAUCAUGAGAUUUUUUUUUCCUUUUACAAUGAAGCAUUUUCUAAAGGAUUUUUUUUCUUUGUGUUACUUAAUUUAUGUUGCCAUGCAAAAGUCCAACUCUCCCCUGCCAGCAACGUUACUUCCCAGUAUAAAUGCAUUUCAAAUUGUCUGUUAAUAUUGCACAGCUAACGUCUGAUGGAAUAAGGCACCUCGAUCGUUCACUAUCUAGUGUUUUGGUUAAUUUAUUCAACUUCAAAAUAUCAAUACAGAUUGAUAAAAUGUUUUCCGUUAACUUAAUAUGGACAGUAAUCUGUUGGUGGCUUAUAAUAUAUUUUCUGAUAAGUGUUGUUAUAUUUUUCUCUAAAAAGCCGAUCAUUAUUAUUAGAACCUAUUUUGGAAUUAGUCCUGCCAUCUUGGAAUUGAAAGCAAGAGGAGGGAAGCAAAAAAAAAGAACUUCAGUACUGGUUUUCCAGUAGGUUUUCUGGUCCAACACACACUGUUUGGUCUCCUCCUGUAAGCCUUUGUGAUAAGUCCGAAAACAUCAAGUUAAUUUGUGACUUUGUGCUACCACAAUGCCACCUAGUAUUUGCGCACUGUGAUGACUAGUAUUUGUGCCAGGCGACCAGGGGAAAUCUACAGUGCAAGUGUUUAAAAAAGCUGGAUUUUAUAUCUUCAACAGGACCUCCAGCCACAAAAAGGGAAAUUAUUUUCUAGUUAAAAAUCCGAAUCACAGUUGGGGAAGAAUUGCUAUGGUCUCUCCAUGUAGAGUAAUCAUACAUACAUCUUUUUAAAAAAACAUUUACAAUGCAACUUACACACAACAUUUUUUCCACAAUAUUUUUGUGACAUUACUUUCAUUACAAAUAAAAUGUUUUUAAGUUAUUUGUCCUAUGUGUAUUUUACAUAAAAAUGUGCCAUGUAUUUUUUUGUCCACUUGAAAUUCAAAUUAUU